AUGGAAUAUAAUCACAGGCCAAUUCAUAGGACACUACAUGAACAUAACAUUGUGUGGAAGAUGCUGAAAACGAUGCCAGAUUUAAACUCUCAGCUAACUGAUGAACAUCUGAAAACACUUAGUAAGAAUGUCAUUUCUGAAACCUGGGUAAAAGGCAGCACAGUGAUUGGAAAUGAUGGAUUUUAUAUAAUACUGAAAGGCCUAGCUCGGGCUAAAAAAAAAGUGUAUAAAAAUUUGAUUAAAGAAAAUGCAUCAACAACCUCUUUCAUACCUCAGAGCUUCCACAGAUCUGUUUUGAGUGAAGAUCUCAAAAACACUUUAGUUCCUGAGAUGGAGGUACCUUCAUCAAAGCUCAUUCUUGGUCAAUGGAGUACCUUUGGAACCCUAGAAGUUACAGCUCAGACUGAAUCAAAAACAAAGCAGUACUCAGUGGUGACAGAAGAAAACUGUGAAAUUCUCAAAAUCCCUGCAAAGGAUUAUGCAAAGUUAAAAUCGGAAGAAAUAAAACUUGAAAAUAAAGAAAAGGUGAAAUUAAUUCAUAAGUGUCCAUAUUAUAAGGAGUGGCCUACUUUAUCUAUAUAUGAGCUAGCUGCACUCACUAAAUGGAAAACAUUUCCUCCCGGUCAUGUUAUAGUGGAAAGUGGAAAUAUAACACCUUUUGUGGCUUAUAUUAAUUCUGGAUAUUGUAAUAUUUAUAGAAGUAUUGUAGGACUUGUGAGACUACCAUCAAAAAAAGUGAAAAAAAUUCAAAAACUUGUUUAUAUGGGUAAACUUAAUGAGAAGGAGUCCUUUGGUGAAAUUAAUGUUCUUCUUCAAGUUCCUUUCACGUGCACAAUAGUUACUGGAAAUGAGGUCGAGAUGGCAAUCAUUGAAGAUAAGGACAUACUUGGCAAGAAAUUAGACCCAGUAACUCAACAACUUAUGCUUCAAACAGCUAAACUGACUUGUGGCCAUCUGACAGAUGAGGAGGUCAAAAAUGAAUACUUGCUAAAGGAAAAACAAAAGGAAUGGAAAAGUUUCAAGGAUAAGACAAUGAAAAACUCCUUGUAUUAUAAUGGAAUUACUCCAGACUUUGGAAAAUGGAACCAUUACUGGACAAGCAUUCCUAGGAAUCUCAAGGACACAUUACUCAGUUAUUAA